AUGCCCUACAUCAAACAGCUCGUCGUGCUCCGGCGCAAGGCCGGCCUGACCAGAGAAGAGUUCUUCGAUUAUCACUAUCAAACGCACGGCGCAAUCAGCACUGCGCCUACAUCCGCGGAAACACCUACAAAGUACUUCCAGACCCAUUUAAUUGACUCGGCGUAUCAUCCCGAUACCAGCAAUAAGGUGCCCAACGCCCAUCCGCCCUGGGCGCUCAGCGAUGGCAUUACAGAGCUUUACUUUGAGUCGCCAGAGCACCUGGAGCAGGUCUUCCGGUCGGAAUGGGUAAAGACAAAGGUCGGGCCUGAUGGAGCGAACUUCUCCGACUUCAGUGCCGUUCUACCGAUGUUUGUCAGGGAGGAGGAAGUCGCGCUGUCUGGCGUGAGUGGCAGCAGCAGCAGCAGCAGUAGUAGUCUAACGCCACGCCAGUCGGAGGACCCCAAUACCUUUGUCGCGGUAUACUUUGUCGCCUUCAGAGACGGGCAGGCGCCGGCGUCGGCGGAGGAAACAGUUUCCCAGUUUGCGGGGAGCCUUCAGAACCACGCAGGCGGCGAAGUUGCAAAGCUAACGGUCAACGUUCCAGCCGAGGCAGGAUUCGAUCUUGCUGCGUACUUUGGUGGCGCGGGCGCCGCCAUGCCACACUAUCAGUUUGUGUUUACAGUCACCUUGCGCGGGAAGGAGUCGGUUUCUGGCGUCCGUCGGGCCCAGAAGGAGUUUGAGGCGCGGUUCGCCACCCUCUUGGAUUUGGCGAGCACUUGGAUCGCAUUCGGUGAACGGGCUGUGGUACUUGACCAGACGGAGAAUAUAGAGUUCGACCGUUCGCGGCAGCCUUUCAAGACACUAUAA